AUGUCUCAGUCUCAAGUGCUUUCUUUAGCUCUGAUCGCGUUGGUGCUCUGUCAGGGUUUAGCCCAACUACUGGAUAAAAAGUGCCACGAUACCAAAGUUUCAAAUAAUCUCAAUAUCAAUCAUGGUGCAACUAACGCUAUGCGCUGGAUGGCAAGCAUAUACAAUAAUAACCAAUUUAUCUGCGACGGAACCAUUGUUCACAAACUGUUCGUCCUUACGGCCGCAAGUUGCAUACUGAAAGAUAGCCAACUAUAUGUGCUUUUGGGGACUUACAGCCAACGCUUCCAUGCAAUUGAACAGCAUGGCGUGGCAUUCGCUAUUCAACAUCCCAAUUUCCAUCCCAACAAUGGCGCAAACGAUAUAGCUCUGUUGAGACUUCAUGAAGAAGUGACGUAUAACGCGCACAUCCGACCGAUCUGUAUAAUAUUUGAUGAUGUGGUAAGGUCAGCACCUUUUGCAAGACUCACAGCCUUUGGAUGGCAACAGCAAGGAGCAAAGUCAUCCGGUCAACUGAUGCAGACCACAAAUCAUCUAUCCCAGAAGAAAUCUUAUGAGUGCUAUCGAAAUGGCCAGAAGUUGCCAGUAAACGAAGGACAAUUCUGCACUGGCAAUAAUGAUAGAAGUUCCUGCGGGGCUAACUUGGGCAGUCCAUUGAUGGCCGAUUUCACUUACGGCGGAAAAAACAUAACCAUUCAGGUUGGAAUGGUGAGCUACGGCAGCGAGUUGUGCAGCCCAAGUAGUGUCUAUACAGAUGUAGUGGCCUACAAGGACUGGAUAUACAAUACUGUGAGGGAUUUCGAAACUAGAGGGGAUCGGGUUUUGUACGAAGAGUGCAAGAGCGACUGGGCUGAAGAUGUCCUCGUUCGCCUAUGGGAGGUAUCUCUGUCUCAGAAUAAUAUCUCUGGCGUGCUGAUCACAAAUAGAUUUGUCUUGACGGUGGCCAAAGAUUUGCCUAACAAUCCUUUAGAAAUAAAAGUGGAAACCAAAUAUCUCAAAAGCCUCGACGUGGAAUCGAUCCAUACUCACCCCCAUUUCACGUAUUUAUCAAUGGAUAACAAUAUUGCCUUGCUUAAAUUGGCUCAUGAUGUGCCAAACUCAGAUCUUGUAAAGCCGAUCUGCAUUGUCUCAAGUACCAAAUUUCCAAGGAUGCUAACUGCCCUUGUGAAUAAGACCACGAAUGAAUUUAAGGGCGUCAGGAAUGUUGAUUUGAACCCCAUCAAACACAUCGAAUGCGCCAGAAGAAUUGGAAUGCCACUGAAAAGUAACCAAUUUUGUGUCGAGAAGUCUAGUUAUCUUAACUUGGCAGUCCCAGGCUCAAUGAUAGGUACACUUAAAAAUAUCGGCGAUGGUAAUAGGUACUAUCUUAUUGGCAUAACGAGCUAUGUUAAGAACAGCAUAGUGGUGUAUACAAAUGUACCAAGCUAUUCGGAUUGGAUAAUGGAUACAGUUUAUAAUAAUUAA